GUCGAGCAUCUCGCCAGCAUCGCGACCGCCGGGCGCCGGCUUCCUCCGCAUCGCGUCGGUUGAUUCCCAGCGAGGAUGGAGAGGUUCUUCUCCAACCCUUCAAACGCCCCGCGGUGCGACACAGACACCGGCAUCACCCUAAUCUCGGGCCCUCCGUGUUGUGCCCUUGUUUUGGUCCAAGGUCAGCGGGAAGACCUCGCUCCUCUUCCAGUUCGCGGUGAACCGCGCGGCGGAGAGUGGCCGCGGCGUCGUGUUCAUCUGCAGCAAGGGGAGGCUGGAGAGCAACCCUCCUUUCCUGUCCCAGGGCGUCGAUCCAUCGAUGAGCUUACUUCAGAGGAUACAAAUCAAAUAUAUUGAAGACGGUGAUGAAAUCAGAAAGUACUUUGCUGCAUUUCACCUUCUUGACGACUUCCCCGCUGCAGUCAUUGUUGAUGAUUUUGCAGAUUUCUUCUCCGACAGGAGCUGCCAACAAAGAUAUGGAAUUGCUAGGGCUCGAGAUCUAGCAAUGGUGCGUGCACUAGCUUUGUGCCACAAUGCUAUUGGGCAUGCAAAUGCAAAGCUUGGAACUCUUGGUUAUUGCAAUCUAUUACUUUCUGAUGUACAUCAAGGUGAUACUCCAAGAUUGUUGUUCAUUUACCAGAGAUGGAUAAAUUCCAUAUACACAAUCCGAGGUGACGGCAAUGGAUCCUACAUACUUCAGAACCUUGGCAGUUCAGAAACUGGGUCAAAGAAAGCAAGAAAAGCUAAAUACUCAAUAGCACUACAAUAUCUUGUUCUUGAAGAGACCAGCACCUAAAAAUUCUUCAUUUUUCUAUUACAGUUCAGUUCCCAACAGAGAUCAUAGGACCCGACAGUUAGUUUUAUGCUUUUAGCAUACUGAGUGUAACAACAAUUUCCUUUUUUAUGGUUCUCGUAGCUGCACUUGAGUUAGUUGUGUAUGUAAGUUUGCACCUCUAGCUGAUGUGGGUGUUUUGCAUUUGAACCAAUCCACAACCGGGUUUGAUAUGUUAUGCUGAACAUCAGUGAGCACCACAAAUUUUCAGUGUCCUCGUUUUGCCAGAAGUUC